AUGCCGAAGGAUUUACUAGCCGUCGAUGAAGCUAUUGAAAUGAAGGAGGAAGCGUCGGCUCAUAACCGACGGGUUUCCAGGAUGAGUAAUCAGCCGCCUCCACGAACUAAUAAUCAGCACUCGGCUCGACAACAAGGCGCUUCGGGUACGACGCAGCAAUCAGGAGUGUUGAUGGUUGGCCCGAAUUUCCGAGUUGGAAAGAAAAUUGGUUGUGGCAAUUUUGGUGAACUGCGACUCGGAAGGAAUCUGUACACAAACGAACAUGUCGCAGUGAAGUUGGAAGCCAUGCGCUCGAAGGCGCCACAGUUACACCUGGAAUACCGUUUCUACCGAAUGCUGGGUUGCCAUGGCAAGUGUGCUCUACAUUUCUCAACGCCGAUAAUCUCAUUUUUAUAUCUCAAUCCUGUAUGUUCAGAGGGAGUCCCGGAGGUUUAUUACUUCGGACCCUGUGGCAAGUACAAUGCUUUAGUCAUGGAACUUCUGGGACCCAGUUUGGAGGAUCUAUUCGACAUGUGCCGGAGGAAAUUCGCUUUGAAAACCGUGCUUCUGAUAGCAAUCCAGUUGCUCCACCGCAUCGAGUACGUGCAUUCCAAACAUUUGAUUUACCGAGAUGUGAAACCCGAAAAUUUUUUGAUUGGCCGUUCCUCAACUGCUAAGGAAAAGACGAUUCACAUCAUAGAUUUUGGACUGGCGAAGGAGUACAUUGAUGGUGAAACAAAUCGUCAUAUUCCGUACCGCGAGCAUAAAUCGUUGACGGGUACUGCGAGGUACAUGAGCAUCAACACGCAUCUGGGAAGAGAACAAAGUCGACGAGAUGAUUUAGAAGCUCUUGGGCAUAUGUUCAUGUAUUUCCUUCGCGGAAGUUUGCCUUGGCAAGGACUCCGAGCGGAAACUUUGAAAGAACGAUACCAGAAAAUUGGUGAUACAAAACGUGCCACGCCGAUCGAGGAACUUUGCGAUGGCCAUCCAGAGGAAAUGGCCACCUAUCUGCGCUAUGUGAGGAGGCUGGAUUUCUUCGAAACUCCAGAUUAUGAAUAUUUGCGGAGGCUGUUCCAGGACCUGUUCGAACGAAAGGGAUUCAUUGAGGAUGGAGAAUUCGAAUGGACUGGCAAGACUUCGAGCACACCUGUCGGAUCUCAGCAGACAACGAUGCAAGAAGUUAUCGUGUCUCCGAACCGUGAUAGGCACCCGACGGCGGCUAAGGACAGGGCAAGAGGCUCUGCGUGGCCGGAUCCGCUGAGACCUGUGCCCUGUGCAGCCGCUACUAAUCCUUCGACUGCUGAUCAUCACCCCUCAGUUCAGGUUGUUAGCUCUCAGAAUGGCGACCACCCGAGUGUUGGUCCUGCUGGUCAUUCAAGUACGCCUAUUACACCUCCAGAACCGGUGACAUCUGAAGACGAAAAGUAA